AUGGCGGAGGCUUCGUUGCAGGAUCGCCUGCGCGAGCAUGCCAAGGCAUUUGAUGGACUGCUGAGCUUGAUCCCGGCCAAGAUGUAUUAUGGAGAAAACAAUACCGAUCAAUGGCAGAGAAAAAAGCAGACGAAGCAGGAAGCCGCUGCGGCUCGACGCGGCAAACUCGAUCCUGACAGCGAACUUAACCGCAACGCAAAACAAGUCAUGGACGAACGCGCGAGCAAUAAACGAAAGCUACGGGAGUUAGAGAAAGAGCAAGAGCAGGGACAGGAACAAGACGAAGAGGAUGGUCUGAACGUCUCCGACUUGGUCGAGAGCGAACAACCAGGCGAAGGUCUACGAGCCUGCAGGGUCAACGGAAGCAAGAAGCAAAAGCUCGACGAGGACGCCAAAGAAGGGCUCCAGUCGAGCGAGACUCCAUCGAAAGUGUCCAAGAAGGAACUGAAGAAGGCUGCGAAGAAGGAGAGGAAGGCCGACAGGAAGGUAGAACUACGGGCGAAAGCGGAGGAGAAACCACCAACGCCGUCCAGGGACAAAUCCGCAAAAGUCGAGGAUCCUGAGAGCACACCUGGCAGCGGCAAGAGGCAAAAAAGUAAGGGAAAGCGGGAUGCCACACCCUCCAAGCUGAGGCAAGCGGAGUCGUCGGGCCGCAAUCGCACGACGGAGAACGACAAAGAUGAUGUCGAAGGCGCCCGCAUUCCGAAUCUCUCCCUCGAUAUGUCGCUCCUUACUCAAAAAGCGGUGGACGGAGCGGCGUCCAUGUCGUUGGAUGUGGUCGAGCCAACAGUUGGCGACGCCUCCGGCGAAGUUGCGAGCACCGCCACGUCCACCUCGCCCCCCCGUCCUGCCUCGGAGAAGCCCAAGCAAAUCAAAAUUCCGGCUGACACUACCGCCUUGCGAGCGCGCCUUGCUGCUAAGAUCGAGGCUCUCCGAGCCGCGAGAAAAGCCGAUGGCCCUGACGGAAAGCCAAUCCGAACGCGACAGGAGCUCAUCGAAGCGAGGCGAGCCAAGGAAGCCAAGCGGAAGGAGCACAAAAAGGAGCUUCGCAUGCUCGCGAAGGCAGAGGAGGCGAAGAAGCGUGAGGCAGCUCUCGCAUCCAAUUCGCCGGGCGUCUUGAGCCCCGCUGUUGAGUUGAAUGAUGCUGCCGGCAAUUUCUCGUUCGGCCGCGUUGCGUUUGGAGACGGCUCGCAGAUGUCUCACGACCUCAGCUAUGUCCUUGCGCAAGGAAAGAAGAAAGGGCCUUCCGAUCCCAAAACGGCGCUCUUGAAGGUGCAGAAUCAAAAGAAGCGCCUUCAAGAGCUCGAUUCCGACAAGCGAACUGACGUUGAGGAGAAGGACGCUUGGCUUACGGCCCGUCGUCGCAUCGAAGGGGAAAAGAUCCGAGACGAUGAGGCCAUGCUCAAGCGAUCUAUCAAGCGAAAAGAGACUGCAAAGAAGAAGAGCGAGAAGGCGUGGAAGGAGCGUAGCAACGGUGUAGGCAUGGCCCAGAAAGAGAGGCAGAAAAAGCGUGAGGAGAACCUCAAGAAGCGCCGAGAUGAGAAGCUUUUGGGCAAGGCUGGCAAAAAGAAGAAGGGCGGUGCGAAGAAGAAGGGCGGACGACCCGGCUUUGAGGGCAGUCUCGGGGUCGGUGGCCGCAAAAAGAAGUAA